AUGGCGCCCAGAAGGAAUGCGCAGUCGACUGCUGCCGAGCUGUCGCUUGUGCAUCUGAAGAACUGUCUCGUCAACCUGCCCACAUCGUUGGUCAACCUGCUGGUCAGCGUAAACACUCCGGCCCAAAAUGUCAUCGUCGAGCUCUCCUACCGGCCAUCUCCCAGCGCGCAAGCUGCCGGAGCGCCCAAGGAGCAAUCCGUGUUUGUUGGAUGGACGGGAAUGCCGAGCAAGAGGAAAGCAACUCAGAUCGUCGGGAGAGAUGGACUGGCCAACUCGCGGAGCUCAACACGGGAUCAGGAGAUCCAGUUAGUCGAGAUUGACGCGACGUUUGCGAAUACCCUUGGCCUGCCUGAUGGCGAAAAGGUCAUGGCCACCGUCCACGUCGACCCUCCGAUGGCACACACCAUCAACAUCGAGCCCUUGACGCCCGAAGACUGGGAAAUCAUCGAACUGCACGCAACAUUCCUCGAGCUUAAUCUGCAGUCACAAAUACGAGCGCUCCCCAACCCAGCCUAUGUCCCUACCGGCGGCGCGCCCGUACCGCCUCACCCGUUGACCCUCCACUUGUCGCCGACUUCUACGGCUUCUAUAAAGAUUACGACUCUCGAUCCUGCGCCUGCAGCUGAUGUGGCCUUUGUGAAGCUGUCCCCCAAUGCAGAAGUCAUUGUCGCGCCGAAAACAAGAGCAAAAGCUACACAAAACGGUGGCGAUCACCGAAGUGUCGCAAGCACAUCCAAGUCCAAACGGAGUGGCGCCAGCACUAUUCGACGACGAAGCGCCAGAGAGGAGAAGAAGCCUUCCUUGCUGCUCCGUGCCAUGGAUAGGGCCAUGUGCAAUGAGUGGUUCGACGAGGGCCUAGUAGAACCUGAUCUCUGCGUAUGGGUGGAUCGGGACAAUCUCUUGAACAACGACUUCAGGGGCGUCAAUUACGUUGUGGUGGAUGUCCUGAAGCCUGCAGGGCUACAAAAGCCACAGCCAGAGGACGGGUCUGGCGCGGUCACCAGCAAUGCGUCAUCCAAGAUUGUUGCCAAGCUGAAGCCUUGGGAUGACCCGCCCAAUGGCCAAGCUGCAGCCUUGUCAGCUCCUUUAUGCGCUGCGCUUGGGUGCACAGGUAUUGUCGGAGGCAUUGUCAAGAUUCAAGCGGCCCCUCAGCCUCUCGCCCGCGGAGCAGUCACGCAAAUCAAGGUCUUUCCCUUUGCAGCAGGCUCAAAAGUUGGCGAGGGCCUACGAUUUGGAAUCGAAACAAAGGCCGAGAAGGAAGAAUCCACCAAGAGAUUCAGGCAUAUAUAUUCGGGGUCAAAGGGGUCUGAAGGGCUCCUGCAGGGCCCCAUCACUGACGGCAUCGUUGUUGACUUGUAUGACGGCCUGGAGGCUCCCCAGGGGUGGGAAGGGGGCGUGAUCAAAUUUGAAUACAGUUCAGAUGUUGCAUCACAAGAACAGAACAAGAACGCGGCCCUAUGGCUAGCCGGCGUCGAUCCCAAAAUCCCAAUCGACUUCCAACAGCCUGUACCGCGACCCCCCUGGAUUUCCGAGACGGACAUAUUCGAGCUGCAGCCGUCUCACGACGCAUUGCUCGUCGGCAUCGACUCGUUGCUUGCAAAUCUGCAAUCGCAUCUUGCUCACAUGUCUUCUGUUCUGCUGACGGGAACAAAGGGCGCUGGAAAGACGUCGGUGGCGAGAUAUCUCGCCAUGCGACUUCGUGAAGAGACGCUGUUCUACACCAUCUACUUUUCGUGUCGCAAACUGGUAACCGACGAGGCGAGAAUAUCCACCAUCAAGGAAAUGCUCAAUCGGAUAUUUAUGCUGGCUAGCUGGGGCGCAAGGCUAGGCGGCAAGGCGGUUGUCGUUCUUGAUGACCUGGACAAGCUCAGUCCGGUGGAGACGGAACUCCAAGUGGGAAACGACAACGGACGAAGCCGUCAAGUCAGCGAAACAAUCCGAUCUGUAGUACGACAAUAUUGCACCAAAGAUAGCGGUGUCGUGUUGCUGGCAACGGCCGAGGGCAAGGACACUCUCAACAGCGUUGUCGUCAGUGGUCACGUCGUGCGCGAGAUUGUCGAACUAAAAGCUCCUGAUAAAGAUGGACGGCGAAAGAUUAUGGAGGCCAUUGUUAAGCAAAACGCCGUAGCCCAGGACGAUGCUGCGGCUCAGUCGAAUGACGGCAGUCGGCCAACAACGGCCAAUGGCACAGAGAAUUCAGAAGAGGCCAGCGACUGGCUUCACGGGCACGAUUCCGCCAACAGACGAGAAGAGGGCGCAGCGGACAAGACUGGUGGCUUCAUACUAGACGGCAAUCUGGAUUUCCUCGAUAUUGCUGGUUUGACGGACGGCUAUCUGCCAGGAGACUUGACAGUUUUCAUAUCCAGAGCAAGAAACGAAGCCAUCAUCCGAUCCAUCAGCGCGGCCCCUGAUGAUACCAUUGGAGCGGUCCACCUCGGCCGUCAGGACUUUGACAAGGCUCUCAAGGGGUUUACUCCAGCUUCGCUACGCAACGUGUCUCUGCAAAGCUCAACCACGACUUUCAAGUCGAUUGGAGGAUUGAUGGAGACGAGACAAGUUCUCCUCGAGACGCUCCAGUACCCUACGAAAUACGCCCCCAUCUUUUCUCAGUGCCCGCUACGACUUCGAUCUGGCCUGCUUCUAUAUGGGUUUCCUGGCUGCGGCAAGACGCUCCUGGCCAGCGCCGUGGCGGGAGAGUGCGGCCUCAACUUCAUCAGCGUCAAGGGACCCGAGAUUCUGAACAAGUACAUUGGUGCCUCUGAAAAGAGCGUGCGAGACCUCUUUGACCGAGCAUCAGCUGCCAAGCCUUGUGUCUUGUUCUUUGACGAGUUUGAUUCCAUUGCACCCAAGCGUGGCCAUGAUUCCACCGGUGUAACGGAUCGUGUGGUCAACCAGCUGCUCACACAGAUGGACGGUGCCGAGGGCCUAUCCGGAGUGUACGUCUUGGCGGCGACGUCGCGGCCUGACCUCAUCGACCCGGCUUUACUGCGUCCCGGCCGUCUUGACAAGUCGUUGCUCUGCGGCAUGCCGACGCUGGAAGACCGCGUGGACAUAAUCAAGGCCAUGUUGCAAAAAGUCAGGCUGUCACCCGAGUUGACGGAAUCGGACGAGGCAUUGACGUCUAUUGCGCAGCAGACGGAGGGAUAUUCCGGCGCUGAUCUUCAAGCCCUGGUGUCCAACGCCCAGCUCGAAGCCAUUCAUGACGUGCUUGGAGACUUGAACAACAACCCAGCGUCAACAGGCCAGAAAGGAAAGGGCGGCAAGGGCGCUUCAUCAGCCACAAGCUUUACGCAGUUCCGCUACGGAACCGAUGAGGACGCCUCAUCAGCCCCCCAGGCGGCCAAGAGCAGAUCUGCCGCGCUGGUUGAAAACGCGGCCAUCAUGUCCAAGCUGGAUCAGAUCAAGCUCGCGCGACGAAAGGCCAAGGAGGCCCGCAAAGGCCCCGGCGCCAACAACGACGAGGCACAGGACAAGGAGUCGGCCGACCAGAGAGAGGUUGUCGUCGGACGGGCUCACCUCAUCAAGGCGCUGGACAGCACGCGGGCGAGUAUCGGCACGCAGGAGAAGGCACGGCUGCAGAAGAUUUACCACGAGUUUGUGGUGGGCCGCAGUGGGCAGAUGAAGGAUGGGCAGGGGAGCAUGGAGAUUGGAGGCCGAAGCAGCCUGAUGUGAAUGGACCUUUAGAGUAUAAUAUACAGGGAGGGGGUUACAUGUAUAUAGAUGGCAUGUUAUUUGAAUUUCUUCUCGGUUUCCAAAAGCUGGCAUUAGAAAGAAUGAUGACGGCAUAGAUGAUAGUUUUAUUGUAAUCAUCAGCAUUGAAGGAGGGAUAGCAAUUUUUUUAAUUUUUUUUUUUUUUGAAUAGCAAUCAAGUCAUUAUUCGUUUCUCGUAUAUCCAUCCCAUCCACCCCCUGGAUAGCCCAUCGCUCACGGAUCAUAAACAUGAUUCAUAUCCGCAUCCCUCGCAACCCACUCCUGCACCAGCCUCAGUAUCCUCUCGUGCACAACCUCGGGCGCAGCGACAAUCCCCCAAUUCGCCGCCAGCGUCUUGCCCGCGCCAAAGUCAAUCUCCUUGCCGUCCAGGUCGGUGAUCUUGCCGCCGCGCUCCGUGUACACCAGCUGCGAGCCGGCGUGGUCCCAGACAUACGACCGUGACGGGCCGCCCCUUUUGCCCACGGGGAUGCGGAUCAUGACGUGGCUGCCCUCGCCCUCGCCAAUCAUCAUGGCGGCGUAGCGCGCGUGCGACGAGUAAAUGUCGAUUCCCGGAAAGGGCGUCGCGCCGAGCUGCCGCGCAACCUGUUCCACCAGGUCGAGGCGGUUCGACGUGCUGGCGGUGCUGUCGACGAGGCGCAGGUCCUCGUACUUGGCCGGCACCGUGAAGCGGCCCAGCAUCUCG